AUGGCAUUCAAGAGCGGGUCGUUCGCGACCUUCCUCAUCCUUUGCCCAACCUGCUUUUUCCUGGGCAUUAUUUUCUCGCUCUUCCCCUACGACUAUCCGAUCCUCUGGUCGACUGCGCCAACUCCCGCCUCGCACUAUGACUAUCUCGAGGCGCACCUUCGCUUCCUGCAUGCCUCGCCGCCGCUGAUCCCGCGCAUCCUCCACAUCGUCAUCUUUCUCGGGCUUGCUGGUCUCGUGACAAAGCUCUACAAGCCCUCUGAAUCGAACAUGCUCUUCGACGGCGCCUCGCUUGUUCUCUACAUGUGCGGCAUCACCGUCUACAUCGCCAACAUCGUCAAGGGCCUGCGCCUUGCCUCGGCCGGCCAGUACGGCGCCGAGCUUGCCACCUCGCCCGAAGAGAAGGACCAGAUCCUCGGCCGCGAGGACUCGCUUAAGGUCCUCGCCGCAAGCAACACCAUCCUUGCCCUCGUCCUCGUCGGCAUUCUGGUCCUCCAGGCCGGCCAGUGGUACGCAGAGCGCAAGGACGCGCAGGAGUACGCGGAGCUAGCGGCGGGCAAGAAGGGCGAGGCUGAGAGCUCAUCAGCGACGGCGUCCGGCGUGGCAUCCGGUAAGCCCGGUCGUCAGAGCAGCCAGCGGAAGAAGAGUAACUAG